UUUGUUCCGUUGCAUCGUGUGAAAUACAUGCCUGCAUGUUUCCUUGCAGGUGUCGUCACGCCAGUGUAGUAGUAAGCGUGGGCGUCUGCCCGAGUCAUUUUCAAGACGUGGGAGUGGCUCCCGUGCAGAAAUAUUUCCACGCGAUGUCAAGUGACGCUGGAAAACAAACACGAGAGCCUCUGUGUUUUUUUUUUUUUUUUAAGCAUAGCAUAUCAUAGCAUCCCGCCUCGUGCACGUCUUCUGAUUGAUUCGUUUGACAGUACUUGGAUGUUUCCCAUUGGCACGCCCCCGACGCCGUCCUCCACCUUCCUUCUUUCCGCCCUGCCUCCAAUGGCCGGAGGAAUGUAGUAGUGUUGCUUUGCCACUUUAAAAAUAACACCCCUCACCUCUGAGAGCGCGCGGCUCUGGUGGCCGCCCUGCACUGUGCGAAGAGGAGCGGGAAUGCCAACAUGGCUACAGACCUCGGCGAGCUGCUGGUGCCCUACAUGCCCACCGUCAGAGUGCCCAAAACCGGAGACAGGGUGUUUAAGAGCGAGUGCGCCUUCUCCUUCGACUCCCCGGAAUCUGAGGGAGGCCUAUAUGUGUGCAUGAACACAUUCCUGGGCUUCGGGCGAGAACAUGUGGAGAGACACUAUCGCAAAACGGGCCAGAGUGUUUACAUGCACCUCAAGCGACACGUCAAAGAAAAAGCCACAGGAGCUGCAGGAGGCGCCAUCCCAAGGCGACGGAACGGAAAAGUGUUUUUGGAUUUAGAACUAAACCGUGAUUUUAACGGUGAGGACUAUGAGUACGAGGACGAGGCCAAGCUUGUUAUAUUUCCAGACCACUUCGAGAUCCCCUUACCAAAUAUUGAGGAGUUACCCGCUCUGGUAACCAUCGCCUGUGAUGCAGUGCUCAACGCGCCGUCGGCCUACAAAAAGCAGGAACCUGAAUCCUGGGAAGAGGAGAUUCAGGUGUCCAGACAUGCAAGAAGUCUCAGACAAUUGGACAACGGAGUCAGAAUCCCCCCAAGUGGCUGGAAGUGUCAAAAGUGUGAGAUGAGAGAGAAUCUGUGGCUGAACCUGACUGAUGGCACCAUACUCUGCGGCAAGUGGUUCUUUGAUGGCAGUGGGGGGAACGGACACGCUCUGGACCACUACAAAGAGACCAAACACCCGCUGGCUGUUAAACUGGGCACCAUCACUCCAGAUGGAGCAGAUGUCUAUUCGUUUGAGGAAGAUGAACCUGUGUUGGACCCACACAUAUCAGAACACCUGUCUCACUUUGGAAUAGACAUGCUACAGAUGCAGAAAAAAACAGAAAAUGGCCACCACACAGACAACAAUGCCCGGCCACGGGUCAGCGAGUGGGAGGUGAUCCAGGAGUCAGGCAUGAAACUGAAAGCCGUGUACGGUUCCGGUUACACGGGCAUCAAAAACCUCGGCAACAGCUGCUACCUCAGCACGGUCUUGCAGGUCCUCUUCAGCAUCCCAGACUUCCAGAGGAUGUACGUGGGGAACCUUCAGAGGAUAUUUGACUAUUCACCUCUUGAUCCCACACAGGACUUUGCCACACAAAUGGCUAAAGUGGGCCAUGGGCUCCUCUCAGGGCAGUACUCCAAACCGCCCAUGAAAUCUGAGCUCAUUGAACAGGUGAUGAAAGAAGAAUACAAGGUAUUAAACUGGCACCAACAAAAAGGCAUCUCCGCACGGAUGUUGAAGGCCCUGGUCGGCCGAGGACAUCCGGAGUUUUCCUCCAACAGGCAACAAGAUGCACAGGAGUUCUUCCUGCAUAUGAUCAACUUGGUGGAGAGGAACAGUGCGAGUUCAGAGAAUCCGAGUGAUGCCUUCCGCUUCCUGGUGGAGGAGCGAGUCCAGUGCUGCCAGACACGGCGGGUUCGAUACACUCAGCGGGUGGACUACUGCAUCCAGCUGCCAGCCCCCAUUGAGGCCGCAACCAACCGAGAGGAGCUGUUGGCUUACGAAUCCAAGCGCAGGGAAGCAGAGGAGAACAUGAGACCCCCCCCAGAGCCGGUGAGGGCUCGGAUCCCUUUCACAGCCUGCCUGCAGGCCUUCACUGAGCCUGAGAACGUUCCAGACUUCUGGAGUUCUGCGCUGCAGGCCAAGUCUGCUGGAGUAAAAACAUCUCGCUUUGCGUCGUUUCCAGAAUAUCUGGUGCUCCAAAUCAAGAAAUUCACAUUUGGAGUUGACUGGGUGCCAAAGAAACUAGAUUUGGGCAUAGAUGUUCCUGACUUCCUGGAUUUGAGCCGUCUUCGGGCUACAGGGCUGCAGUCAGGUGAAGAGGAGCUCCCUGACCUGAUGCCACCCAUUGUGUUACCUGAAGACACCAGAGAUAGCUCCAUGAGCUCCUUAGACUCUCCGGAAAUAGAUGAGGCAGCAGUUAUGCAGCUGGCAGAGAUGGGCUUCCCCCUCGAGGCCUGCAGGAAGGCCGUCUACUAUACUGGAAACAUGGGCCCCGAGAUGGCCUUCAACUGGAUCAUAGCUCACAUGGAGGAGCCUGACUUUGCAGAGCCUCUCAUGCUGCCCUCUAUGUUUGACCCGGGCCUUUCCAGCAGUGCACACAGCCUCAUGGGCGCCACCCCGCUGGAUAACUCGCCCCCCGAAGAGAGCAUCGCCAUCCUUACUUCGAUGGGCUUCCCUCGCACUCACACCGUCCAGGCGCUCAAAGCCACGAACAAUAACCUUGAGAGAGCGCUCGACUGGAUCUUCACCCACCCGGAGGAGGAGGCGAGCGACGCCCUUUCCAGCAUGGCCGACACGGAGCCCAAUGACAACGCUUUGUCCAAUGCCAACUCACACAGUGACUCCACAUUGUCCCCAGACAGGGACAUGUCGGGGCCGCGCGUCAAAGAUGGACCGGGACGUUAUGAGCUCUUCGCCAUCAUCAGUCACAUGGGAGCAUCGACAAUGUCCGGGCACUAUGUUUGUCACAUUAAAAAGGAAGGAAGGUGGGUGAUCUACAAUGACCACAAAGUGUGUUUAUCAGAAAGGCCUCCAAAGGACUUGGGCUACAUCUACUUUUACCAUCGACUGUCAAGCAGUUAAAGUUCGCGCCCCCACCCCCAGCCAACCAACACCCACCUGGGAGAACGGCUCCCAACAGUAGCGACAACCUCGCCUGUUAACCUGCCUUAACCACGAGGCCCAGUGACGAGCAGCUGUGUUCACAAAGGGAAAGCGACAUGCUCUUUUUGUCUUUUUCGUUAUGAUGAGUCGAAUGUGUUUGUUGUUGUCGUCGUCGUCAUCGUCUACAGUCGGGACAGCGGGACGUGUGCAAUGGCUGGCGUACUCUACACCCAAAGAAGUGCAUAUCUCAUCUCAUAUCUCACUGGUACCCGUUUGAUGCCUUUGCAAAACGUGUCAGUAUUUUCUAAAAGGUACAUUUUGUAAAUGUAUUGCAGUUAUAUCAAGGUACUGCCGGUGCUUGACACCUGUCAAAAAUGUGCAAUUAGCAUAACUUUUUGCAGUUGCAUAGUAGCUCAAAUAUGGCGCAAUUGAAUUUGCCAGUUUGUCACUUUUAGCAACCAAAACUUUUUUUGUUUUCAAAAUUAAAGUAUUUUCCUCACUGAAAGCACUCCCCCCCCCUUCAAACAAUAAUAUUUUGCAGCCCAUGCCCAAGAAAAAACUACACAGACGUGAAUGUGAUUGUGAUGUAAAUGUCAACCACAUUACUGCUGUGAAUCUGUGAGAGAACAUCUCAAUGAUAUUGAGGUCCUUGCUACUAUUCGUUGGGUAUUUUAUUACAGAAAUCCAAUGUCUCAGCAGUAAAAAAAAAAAAAAAAAUGUUUUAUUUUAGGUGCAACUAAUUUUUAUUUAGUCCAUCUAUGCAUUUAUGUCCAUGUUCAUGUCUAAAGCAAUAUACACUACAAGCAAAGCUACUGCAUUGUACAGAUUUGCUCUGAAUGUGUAAACUAAAAAAACAAAAACAACUCAGAACAGAUUUUUCUUGUAACAUUAAAUCUGAAAAUCAUUAGGUAAUUGACCCUCCCCUCCCAAAAGUUUGUCAUUACAUAUCAGUGCCUCAAGAUAGCAGCAAAGCAUAACUCACGCCAAAGGAAACUCCUCAACUGACUUUGAAAUCCUUUGGUAAAUGUUGAACUCUGGUUAUGUGGUAAUUCACUGUACAUGUACCGUAUUUCGGUAAAUGGUGGCUACAAGAUGUCAUAUCCCGAAUAUUCACCCGGUGCAUCCAUCUAGGUAAAUAAACAUUUCAAAUACACAAUUCCUUUGUUUACCUCAAAGAAACAAAAAUCAGAGCAGGCAGCUGUAAAUACCUACAGUAGUAGUCACACAUGGCAUCUGUAAAGCUGAAGUUUAAAGGGAAAGCAAGCGAAGCAAUGUGUUGGGAGGUAAAUGUUCCAAUUCCGCCUGGUGGUGGUUCAAUUCAUCUUUGGAGGCCGCAUUAAAACCAAAAUGGAGGCGCAACGAUGUCUGGUCAGGGUUUUUCAAUUUUGCAGCAAAUAUUGCGCUGACGUAUGUCAUCACGUGUCUGUGGGAUGUCGUGCUGUUGUAAAAUAAAACUUGUCUUCUCACGCUAAACACGAGAGCUCCCUAUAGUUGCGUAAAUAAUAAUAAUAAAAAUUCUGGGUAAGUGCGUUAAAGUACUUCCCUUCAGGGGAGUUCUGCUGAUUUUAGCCUGCACUCAUAUUCAGGACUUGAGAUUCAUAUUUCCAAAGUGGAAAUAGACACCAACAUAUCGCAAAACCGGUUAGUGUAGUAUCUCAGGUUUCGGAUGUGUCUCUCCUUGAGGGCCAGUGUAAUAAUAUUUCAGCAACGCCGUGCCUACAAGGUCCUCAAGCUGGUUUCAGUGCAGUAUAUCUCAAAUUCCCGAGGCAGUGAGGAAAUGAUCAAACAUCUCUAUGCAAGUCCUGGCUGGCUUUUUGCAUCCGCCGUGUCAAACGGGAGCUUCUCGUGUGAUGAGUGGCCGCCUGGUAAAAUCAUCUCAACGGUGUCGAGUGGUGUACGUCAUGUAGAUCAGUUAAUCUCCAAUACUAUCGUGCGUGUAUGUUUCGUUUGCGCUUUUCCCUUUCAGCUGUUGUUCAAGAUGUGGUUCAAUCAGUCGCCACUAUUAGCAUGUGCACUAAAUGUUGACAUGUUAGUUAUUUGGAUUGCAAGAUUGUACUUUUGCUGGGCUUUAUUUUUAUGUAACUCACAUGUUCAAGCGGUUCUUUGUUGCCUUUGUGGAAACAGAUUUUGUGCAACUGAUUUUAGUUUUGCCUUACGGUGACUUUUGAAAUGUAUGCGUUCAUUCAAAUAUGGCUUGGCCGUAUAUGACUAGAAACGUGUGGACUAGAAACGUGCAGGUAUGCUCGCUGGCCCUGUUUACUUCUAAUAUUUGGGUAAUUUAAUA